AUGUACACAAAAGCGCUGGCAGGCCCAAAGCUUCUUAUGUGCCCCCAUCUGCCUCUUGCGUUGGUUGCCAACUCCUUGACAUCUCCCUCUCACACUUUUCCUCUUUUCUCUCUUUCUCUCUUUCUCUCUCUCUCUCUCUCUCUCUCUCUCUCUCUCUCUCUCUCUCUCUCUCUCUCUCUCUUUUCUCUCUCUUUUCUGUGUUCGCGAACCUUUUCUUGCUGCCCAUCUGACUCAACUCCUAUUUGCAUCACAUGUCGGGACAUGGUCGAGCGCUUGGCAGCCGCGGAUUACCGAAGCACCCUUUUAGCCCUCGCCGAUAAGCAAGUGCCUUUUUGCUUUGCUCUAUUCUGGUCCCGAGCCGUGAGUCCCGCCAUUGGCACAAACAUUGUUGUGACACAAACGAACAAACGUGGUCAUAGGUACUAUGCACUUGCAAGUGCUGCAGCCUUGAUGCGCUUUGUACAGCACGAAGAAGCCACCCAUCUUGCCAGCAAGAGUCUCAAGAUCACCUUUGCAACGGCUGAUGGGGCCGUCUGGAUAGAUUCCAACAGCGUCAAGCAACUCGAGCUGCUACAGAGCGUGCGAGAACCCACAGACACCAGCAACAGCCUCUAUGGCAUUUUGAACAACACUAAAACCGUUGUAGGAGACAGGCCUGUGGCCAACAUUAUGUGUGCCUCAAGAGUUGCUCUGAAAAGCCUGUACUCUACCACCGCAUCCGGGCUCCGUUUCACAAAUGAUCUGUUAGAUCGAAUGCUGCGCUCAGAAAUCCUUCAGCCUCCGGCCACCUUGGCUACCAUCAAGGGUCGCCAGCAGGUUGUGAGUUUGCUGGCUGCUCAGCCUGAGCGACUACGCGAACUAUCUGAGCUCUUGAACAAGUUUCACGAUAUUGAUGGAGCCAUUGCCAUGUGUAUUCAGCUCCCCAAGCGCGACGAUGCCCAAGCGAUAGCCCGCCGCCUCAUGUUGCUGCUACACCUGCAACAAGAUCUGCAGCUUGUUGAGCCUCUCCGCCAAUGUUGCGAUCAGCUCGCCCAGCCACUCGUGCUGAUGUUGCGCGAUCUGCUCGAUCCCACUACUACAGCCGCUAUGCAGUCCUUGUUCACCGCUACCUUUGCCAUUCAAGACGUUCAUGCAGGCUCUCACCUUCCGCGCGAAGCCGUGGUCGGUGCCAUCAAGGAAGGUGUCAAUGGCAAGUAUCACAGCACAGCUACCCACCCAUCUCUAUAUGGAAAGCACGCUUACGAGGGCACGCAGAAAGCUACAAAUCUACCUGAUCCCCCAGGUCGCUUACCAGACCGCAUGCCCGUAGACUUGCUCGACAUAGCGCGUCGCACUCAUCAAGAGUUGCUCUCGGAUAUGCAUGAAGUUGUCGCAGCAUUCAAUGAUGAAUAUCAGCUCGAGGCGCAGCUGGCCUUUUCGCAGACUCGCGGCCACUUCAUGCGCAUGAAAAUCCCCAAAGAAGCCAAUGCCUUGCCAUCCGUCCUGCAAUUCUUGAGCAUAUCGGGCAAGACAGCCUCCGGCUCAACAGAGGAGUUGACCAGUCUGAACGAGCGAGUUGCAGAAGUUUUUGCCGAGCUCAUGGACUUGGCUAAUGGAAUCGUGCACGAGUUUUUGGCCCAGCUGCGCCCCCACAUUGCCAUGCUCUACAAGCUGGCCGAAACGAGUCUCACCUCGUCGCCAACACAGGUGGCUCUGCUUGACUUUUUGCAGAGCUUGGCGGGCAUGGCCGUUCAAUAUCCAAGCAUCUCCUUUGCUCAGCCCGAGUUUUGUGAAACACUGGCCAUUCAAGCCGGCUACCAUCCCGUACUCCUUAGUCGUGGCUUGCGCGAGGGCUCACAAGUGGUACCCAAUGACACGUAUGCCAACAGGAGCGCCUCAACGGUUGUCAUCACCGGGCCCAACAUGGCGGGCAAGUCCGUGUAUCUGCGCCAGGUGGUGCUCCUGCAGAUCCUGGCGCAACUGGGCGGGCUAGUGCCCGCACGUUUUGCUUCCUUUCGCCUCAUUGAGCAAAUCUUCACCCGGAUUGGCAAUGACGACGCAAUUGAGGCCCACUCAAGUGCCUUUGGCAUAGAAUGCCAGGAGCUGAACCUCAUAUUACAGGCAAGUUUUGGCACAGCUUAA